UAAAGAUACGAACAAUAUGUUUUCGGGUAGAAAGACAAAAACAAUCUUGGAAAAACAACGACGCUGCAGUAAAGGAAAAUCGCUUUACGGCUCAUGCAGUGAAAAUAUUUGCGACAGGUUGCCGUAAAUGGCGUUAAAGCCUAAAUAGCUGAAAGUUUCGUCUGCUGAAGAUGUCAUUCAUUUGUAUUUCUGAAUAAAUCCACGUCGAUCGACUGGUUAGGGGUGCUGUGUAAGAACACUGCGUGAAAAAUGCGAAUAUUAGUGACAUGAGACGAACGUGGGAUGUAAGAUAGUAGCUGAAACUUUUUCACAGUAGAUAUCACGCCACGUCUUUCUCGUUCAUUUUAUGUGUAUUUAGUUAUCGCCUUUAAAAGAUCGGUGUAGAAAUAAGUACUUUCAUACGUUCGUUUUGAGCUGGUGCUACCAGGGUAUCUUCCGCUGUGUGAAAUUUCCAGGUGAAAAUGGAUGUGUUACGACCAACACUAAUAAAUAUCAAUGGAAGAAUUUACAGGAAAAAUGUAAUCAAAGAACACGUUUAUCAAGAGGAAGAUGAUGAUGAAUUUUCUUACACAGGAACAGACUCUGCGCAUUGUGCUGAUGAACCCUGCAACAUGGUCUCUGUGGAGGAAACUGAGAAGGGCUUUCGCUGUGCCAUGGACAUGCCCAGUGUCCUUUACAAGUAUAUUAUUGGGAAGAAGGGAGAAACGAGAAAGAGACUUGAAACGGAAACCAAGACCAGCAUCGCCAUUCCCAAGCAGGGGGUGGAGGGGCAGAUUGUGAUCACAGGGCAGCAGAGGUCGGCGGUGACGUCGGCGGUGACGCGUGUAGAGCUCCUGGUGGAGAGCUUCAGGACCAAGCAGCCUUUCACGCACUUCCUGUCCUUCGCUUUGAAUCACGCGCUAAUUCAGGAACACUUCCUGAAGUUUAAGGAUGAUGUUCUGGAGCGAUGCUCCAAGGACCAUGGCGUGGGUGACAGCAUCUUCCAGAACCCCGCCAAGCUCCACCUGACCGUGGGGACCCUCACUCUGCUCAGUGACACCGAGGUGGCCAGAGCUCGCCAGCUGCUCCAGCAGUGCCAGGACUUCAUCAGGGACAUCGCAGGAGGGAAGCCGAUUUCUCUCAUGGUGGAGGGGAUUGAAUACAUGAACGACGACCCCGCCAUGGUGGACGUCCUUUACGCUAAAGUUCGACCCAAGGACGGGUCUGACCGGUUGCAGGCGAUCGCUGACCGGCUGGUGGAGCACUUUGUGUCGGCGGGGUUGAUGGCGAAGCAGUGGGACAGAGUGAAGCUGCACGCCACUGUGAUGAACACGCUCUUCAGGAAGGACUCUUCAGCUGAAGACAAGGGUGACGCAAGGAGACCGAACGCGAAAGACCGGGAAUCGUUUGAUGCACGGAAUAUAUUGAGGAUGUUUGGCAGUUAUGGUUUUGGAGAGUUUGAUCUGAAUGCUGUCCAGAUUUCCCAGAGGUAUUCUACGGACAGCUCUGGUUUCUACAUGUCAGCUGGCAGCGUCACGUUCUCAUGAUGACCCUCUGCUCUCGACACCUGCUGGGGGAGAGGAAGCCAGAUCUGCGGAAAAACACAAACGCUCGAACCGCAUCCAGGCUACAGUAACGAACUCGCUCUUAAACGUGUCUGUGAAACAGAGCGAAUAUAUUCUUCUGUUUAUGAUUCUGCUAAUUGCAGCAGUUGUAAACAACCUGCUUUGUCUGUGGAUAAGGCUUAGCCAUCGUGUUUAUGUUUUCUGAGGGGGCUGAUUUUUGUUUUGGUUAUUUAUGCACGCAGGAUCUUUGUCAGUCCAGCAGAUGUCACUGUAGAGUGCAGUCUUUUGUAGGCUGAGAAAGGUCCCAGAGCUGCAUAUAAAAUCUGAAUUAAUAAAGCAAAUUAUAAAUAUUGAAAUGAAUUAAACUAGUGACAUUUAAAGAUUUAGGCUUAAAUAUGUUUUUAUGGAACACUUGAUGAUUUUAAUUUGUGAACAAUUCUAAUUAAAUCUCUGGGCUGCCCUGGGAACACCUUAGGGUUCCCCCGGAGGAGCUGGAGGGGGUGACUGGGGAGAGGGAGGUCUGGGCAUCCCUGCUUAGGCUGCUGCCCCCACGACCCGACCCCAGACAAGCGGCAGAUGGAUGGAUGGAUGGAUGCUAUGUACAAUUUUCAAGAGAGGAAUCUUGAGAAGUGAAUAUUAAGGCACUGCAUAAUCUUGUGAGUAAUACAGUGUACCUCAGACUGACCCCCCUUUUACCCUUGCCCCAGGAUGAGUGGUUAAAAGAUGAUGGAACUUUAUCAUCCACAAAUGCGGCUCUUUUAGGGUACAACUAAAGAUGAAAUGAAAAACUCUGGAUAGAUUUACUCACCCAUCGGUAGGUAAGGCAUUAUCAAAGACUGCAGUAUUUUACAUAAAUAUUUUGAAAUGAAUCCCCUCCGUGAAUUGCCGGCUAAUUAUGGUGGAGGGGAUGCAUACCUCUGUGAUCCUAAGAGCCAUGUUGUCGGCGGCAAACUCCCAUGAAGGAAAAUAAAACGAUGGACCAUGUUACCCUACCCGAUUGGGGAGAUAGGGGCCUCACUCUGGAGCCAUUCCUGGAGAGGGAGCUCAAAGGCAAGCACAUGGUGGUCAGACCCUCCCCCAUGGGGCUUGGCCGAACAUAGCCCAAAGGGGCAACCUGGGUUAGUCCUCCUGUGGGCCACCUUAGGGGUCGGGCGGAAUGUAGAUUGGGUGGCAUUCGAAGUCAGGGGCCUUGACGGACUGAUCGUUGGCUACCAAAACUGGCCCUCCGUGCUUGAAAUGACUUUCGUAUCACUAAACUCACAUUCUAGUUGCAAAUUGCCCAUAGGUGUGAAUGGUGUGUGUGCCCUGUGUUGGGUUGAUGGGUUAUUGGGGGAAAUUCUUUAGUUCGCACCCGUACCUUCCGGGAUACGCUCUGGACCCCCUGUUACCCCGCAUAGGACAACCGCGUAUACAAAAUGUAACCUGUUGGGCCCAUUUGUUAAUCCAUCUCUCCAUAUAAUGGAGGAUUUAUGUAUAAUCUCCCUAUUUUGAACGAAGAAAAAAGCUGUAGCCCCAACCAUCAAACUCUGACACUGAUUCAAGAACUUUAGGUGUUCCUUCAAUGCUUCUGAGCGAGAACUAUUAGGAUGGGACGCUGAUAUGAUCCGAUAUGCCCAUCAGGGAGAACUAAAGCGGAGUCCUGUUGUUUAUAAGUGCAAUUAGACGCGUGUCUAAUUUAUUACCCAUGAUCGGCUCUCUGAGAUGUUUUCUCGCUGCUUCAUUUUUUGUGUGAUUGAAGGUUUCUCCCUGCCAGACAGAAUCCUGCGCAGGUAAACAUCAAGCGCUCCGGGGAGAGGGACUUGUAGGCGUUUGUGUGGGAGUGGACAGAUUUGGAAAUGAGCAAAUUCUGGUAAUAAUCUAAUUUCCCGCGAUAAAUUUCCAUGAGGAGUUGACUUAGGGCCUAACAGAAAAGGUGGAGAGGAAUUAUUCGCUCUGCUGUUUCGAAAUAGACAGAGGAGGGCUCUGCUUCAGCAAGACAAGUAUGGGUGAGGAGGUCAACGGCGGACUGUGAAGAUGACACUUCCGUCCGUGCCGGCAGAUAGGGCAGCGUGGUAUUUUUCUGAGGUCUGGGUGGUUGAGCUGAUGAGUGUCUGGACAGGGGCCUGAAUGGAUGUACUCGCCAUCCAGCAGUGCCCGGCCGAUCGAAACCCAGCUACAGGAUCAAUAUUCACCUGCCGUGGUGGGGAGAGAAUGUGUCUCCGUUCACGGAAGUGCCCUAAGUCACAGUGCAAAUCCACCCUCAAUCUACCGUUUAUGCUGCUACGUUAUUAAUUACCAUUGUCUAUUGUAUGCUUCUUGGACUUCAGUCCCCUUGCUUCUCACUACCCUAUGAUGCGGAUCCCUUCUCACAUCACUUGCUGUUUGUAUGUCGCUACAGUGGUCCUGCGGAAAUGUUAUUUUGUGCCACUGUACACAUUUAUACAAAUGGUAUGACAGUCAAGUCCACUCGACUAUGAUUAUUUCAACGGUACGUUAAAUGAUUACAAAUUUGCAUUUAUUUAUUUAGUAGAUAAUGUGAAGUAUUGUAGAAUUCAGAAAACAACGUCAGCCAAUCCUUGCAGAUGUAAGACCCCAGCAGUGAAGUUACUCUGCUAGCCACAGGACGCGUAUGUAGUGUGGUGCCGCUAGACUGGUCUCCUACCUGAGCAGUCAUCAGUCUAUUGUUUAAAAAUCCAGGAACUUAUUUUGUUGAUUUGCUUUUUUUUAAAGCUCUUAACUGUCUAUAAUUGGUGUAACAUUUCACUUUGAACUCAAUCAACUGGUCAAAUCGUCGGCUUAAGAAAACGGACGCAAGCCUUCAGUGUGAUUUAGCCUGAUCCAUCUGACACCCCGAAAGGGUUAACUUGAAAGAGACUGUGGGCAGCCUGCCCCAAGAAAGGAGAGCAGAACAGUGCAAGCAGAAGCUGUCAAUCAGAUUUAUGAGUGAAUUCAGGUGCCAGCUUCUCUGCUUUUUGGAGAUAGCCGGGGUGUUGGGUGAUUGGCACGGGAACAUCUCAUCCCUCGCAUCUCAUCAAGUUUGUAUCUUAACCGUAGUUGUACAGCAUCAUGUAGAGUAAGAUGUCCUGUCUCGGAAGGGUCAGAAAUUACAGGCUGGAGCCACUUGGGACAUAGUUGAGGAGGACGAUGAUGAGACUGGUUAGUAGUAAUGGCCAAAUGAAGCUUCAUGAACCAUUUGCUGUAUUUUUUAACCCCACUAGAUGGUGCUCUUGGUAUACUUUGGGGCAUGAUUUGAGCUCUUAUGAAGAGAGAGCACCAUCUAAUGGGGUCAGAAAGUACCACAAAUGGUUCCUGAAACUUCAUUAGGCCAUGACUACUGGUUAGCACCAAUAGCAUCCAAAAACAAGUUCUGACUAUAUACAGGUAACGCUGGUAAAGCUGGUGCCCCAAUGGGUAGCCUCAUAUUUCCAGGACUGGGGGCUUGAAUCCCAGCCCUGGUUGUGUGUGUUUGUUCUCCCUCUGUGUAGGAUUCCUCCCUGUACUGAACAGACAGUUAUGAAAAAGGGUGUGGAUGUUACUGUGAUGUGAUUUUUUUAAUCUGAGAAUACAAAUACACAUAUUUUUCUUAUAAAUGGCAUAAAUGUCUAUAUUUAAAUCCAUGCGCUACAGCAGAUCUUUUUCCACUGAACACGGAGUGUCCUCAUUCCUCCCCACCCCAGAGAAAGAGGCGAUUGCCCACGGCUUAUUAAAAGCCCCAAACGUCAGUUACUUCCCCCAUGCCGGAGGUCCCCAUCUCCUUCAUUGGUAAUUGUUGUUCCGACGCUGUUCCGUCACGCUCCCAAUUUGGCGGUGGCUCCGUGACGCUCGGCUGUCUUGUGUUCUGUUUUUCUCCAGCCCAGCUAAUUUGACAGGAUGCGUACCGUGUCGCUGCAUUUCCAGUCUGACCCUUUUUUUGACUUAAUUAGCCAACUCUGUGGUCUCUGGAGUGAAGCUCUAGUUGCAGUUUUUUUUAUUAUUAUUAUUAUUUUUAAUCUUUUAAUGUACUUUAAGCAUCCCUUUCUGUAAAUUUGAUAAAUGAGUCUUGUGUA